AUGGCCGCCAACGCUUCGACAACGCCUCAGGUGUCUGAGCAGAACCAUGUUUCCGCCGAUAACGAUAUCGAGAAGAGCACCGCACAGAAUUCGGUUGAUAUUCACGCCGAGCCUUUGAAGCUUGAUUACGAGGAGGGUCCUGAACACAAGCAAGAUGGUGUCAAGAAGGUGGAGGCUAUCACCUCAGUGUGGUCUUGGAAGAUGCUCUGGGUUGUGUUUGCCCUCUUGUACCUCGUUUCCUUCACGGACGGCCUACUGCAGUCUGUUCAGAGCAACUUGACGCCCUAUGUUACCUCCGCGUUCGGCCAACACGGGCUUCUUGCUACGACUAGCAUAGUAUCCACGAUUCUCGGCGGUGUCUCUACGCUUACUAUCGCUAAAAUCAUCGAUAUCCGUGGUCGUGCGGAGGGCUUCGCUGGCAUGGUUUUCCUUGUCACCAUCGGCAUGAUCAUGAAGGCCACCUGCCAGAACGUUGAGACGUAUGCAGCAGCGCAAACGAUCUUCUGGGUCGGCCAUCUCGGACUCAUCUACAUUAUUACGAUUGUUCUCUCUGACAUGACGUCCCUGAGGAAUCGUAUGACUAUGAUUGCCCUGAAUGGCACGCCGACGAUCGCCACAACCUUUGCUGGUCCUGAGAUUGCGCAGCUGUUUUACGACAAGGUCAACUUCCGCUGGGCAUUCGGUGCCUUCGCCAUCAUCUUGAUCGGUUUCAGUGUUCCCGUCGCCGUGAUCUUCUUCUUCAGCGAGGUCAAAGCAAAGAAGACUGGCUUGAUCCCACCCAAGCAGAAGACCCGGUCUACCUGGGAAUCUACCAAGCACUACUUCAUCGAAUUUGACGUUGUCGGCUUGAUCUUGGUGAUGGCCGGGUGGUCUAUGCUUCUGCUGCCAUUUUCCCUCGUUUCCAACGCCACCCAUCAGUGGAAGAGCCCAACCAUCAUCUGCCUAAUCGUCUUCGGCGUUAUCGGCUUGGCUCUUUUCGCUCUGUGGGAGAGAAACUUUGCCAAGGUCUCUCUGUUCCCGUACCACUUUCUGAAGGAUAGAACCAUUCUGGGCGCUUGCUUGGUUUACGGUAUCAUGUUCGCCUCCAUCUACUGCUGGGACUCAUACUACCAGUCUUACUUGCAAGUCGCGCACAAUCAAGACAUCACCAGCUCUGGCUACAUCCUCAACGCCUUCAGUUUGACCUCCGCUAUCAUUUCUCCCUUCAUCGGAGUUGCAAUACGAUACACUGGCCGCUUCAAGUACAUCGCCCUCUCCGGCGUGCCUAUCUGCGUCCUCGGCACUGCCCUGCUCGUUCACUUCCGCACCCCGUCAACCACCGUUGGCUACCUUGUCAUGUGCCAGAUCUUCAAUGGCGUUGCUAGUGGCAUUUUCAGUAUCUGCUCCCAAAUCGCCAUUAUGUCGUCCGUCACCCACCAGCAGAUCGCCAUCGCGCUCGCAUUGCACGGCCUCUUCGGCUCCAUCGGUGCUGCCAUCGGCUUGGCAAUCGCUGGCGGUAUCUGGAACAACGUUCUCAAGAAGAACAUCUAUACAAAUCUCCCCGAGGGUAGCAAGGACCUUACCGCCAGCAUCUACGCCAGUAUCGAAACGCAGCUCUCGUACCCUAUGGGUAGCCCCAUCCGCACGGCAAUUAUUGAGUCCUAUGCUGAUGUUCAGCGCAAGAUGGUCAUCGCUGGUUGCGCUUUCAUUCCUCUGGUGCUUCUGUCCUUGCUUAUCUGGCGCAACAUCAACGUCAAGACUGUGGAGGAGGAGAAGGGAAAACAAACAAAGGGAACUGUUUUCUAA